AUGCUGCCCGCUCCACGUCCGUUCGCGGGGUGCAUAUUGCACGCAUCGAAAUCUCCACUCUUUGUAUCACAAUGUUCGUUUAGAAGUUUAAUAUCGCCGCUCACCCGAUCUAUACCCGCCGUUAACCCGUCGAUACCCAGUCGAGUUGUUGGACACAUAAAGGCACCGGCUCGUGGGCUUUGCACGCGGCAGAACCACGUGGGAUGGGAAUCACGAUCUCUUUCGAAUAAUGAAAGUCGGAUAUUUCGGUCAAUUGGGUUUCAAAAACGUUCACAGAUUACUCGGCAUGCUAUAAGGUCUUUCUCUUCCACUUCACAUCGUUACACAACCAACCAGCAUCAUCACCAAAAGCACGAAGAAAAUACGGAUCCAAAAGACGAUUUGCAUAAGACAGAAUUUGGACGGUCAGAGAAAGCUAGUAAAGCUGCACAGGUUAAUCUCAGCGCACGGUUAAGGAAAGAUCCCGGUACUGUCGGUGGGUUUUCUGGGUUUGGUGAAAUAUGGCGAUUGUUGAAGAUUGCAAGGCCGGAAGCAAGAUGGCUAGGAGUUGCGUUUUGCUUCCUUCUGGUAUCUUCGGCUAUAUCUAUGUCAAUCCCGUUCUCGAUUGGAAAAAUCCUUGAUGUUGCUACUCAGACCGACUUAGGGAAACUAUUUGGCCUUCCAAUGAACCAAUUUUACGUCGCUCUCGGUGGGGUCCUUUGCAUCGGCGCCAUGGCAAACUAUGGCCGUAUCAUCCUCCUCCGAGUCGUUGGCGAACGUAUUGUCACCCGUCUCCGAACCCAGCUUUAUAAACGCACCUACACCCAAGAUGCCGAAUUCUUUGAUGCGAACCGAGUUGGUGAUCUAAUAUCCCGAUUAUCGUCUGAUACCAUUAUUGUUGGAAAAAGUAUUACGCAAAAUUUAUCCGAUGGCCUGAGAGCGCUUGUUAGUGGUGCUGCAGGGUUGGCGAUGAUGCUGUACACUUCGGCCACUUUGACGGGUGUUAUGUCACUUAUGAUCCCGCCUAUCGGUAUUGGUGCAUUCUUCUAUGGUCGAACUAUCAGGAAUAUCUCACGAAAAAUUCAAAAGUCCAUCGGUGAUGCUACGAAAGUGGCGGAAGAGCGACUCGGCAAUGUUAGAACAUCGCAGGCUUUUGCUGGUGAAGCUCAGGAAGUUGGCCGGUACAAUAAGCAAGUUCGAAAGAUAUUUAAACUCGGGGUUAAGGAGGCUCUAGUCAGCGCUACCUUUUUUAGUACCACUGGUUUUGCUGGCAAUGUUACAAUCUUGGCGAUUUUGGUGUUUGGCAGCCAACAAGUUAAGAACGGGCUUAUCUCUAUUGGAGAGCUUACGUCUUUCUUGAUGUACACUGCAUAUGCCGGUUCGAGUCUCUUUGGACUUUCGAGCUUUUAUUCCGAAUUGAUGAAAGGAGUCGGUGCUGCAAGUCGUCUGUUUGAACUUCAGGAUAGAGAACCAUCACAUUCUUUGACGAAGGGCAAGAAGGUCAUAUCCGCAAAGGGGACUAUUACUUUCGAGGAUGUGGUCUUUAGUUACCCUACUCGCCCGGCAGUUACAAUAUUUGACGGACUGAAUUUCUCCAUCCCAGCCGGAUCCAAUGUCUCAAUCGUCGGUCCCAGCGGUGGCGGCAAAUCCACUGUUUCCUCCUUGCUUCUGCGAUUCUACUGCCCGAGCUCCGGUAAAGUUCUUAUCAACGGCCAAGAUCUAGAAGAUGUCAAUGUGAAAUCUCUACGUCGAAAGAUCGGGGUUGUCUCUCAGGAACCAGUUUUGUUUUCUGGAACUAUUGCGGAGAAUAUUUCCUAUGGUAAGCCGAGGGCAACCAGGACCGAGAUUAUUCUGGCUGCAAGACGGGCAAACUGUCAGUUUAUUAGUGAUUUCCCUGAUGGAUUGGAAACUUAUGUUGGACCCAGAGGAACUCAACUCUCCGGUGGCCAACGUCAACGUAUCGCCAUCGCCCGCGCGAUUAUCAAAGAACCAGAUAUCAUAAUUCUUGACGAAGCAACCUCAGCACUAGAUGCCGAAUCUGAAACCCUGGUAAACGAAGCAUUAGCAAAACUAAUGGCCGGUUCAACAACUACAAUAUCAAUAGCCCAUAGAUUAUCAACUAUUAAACGUUCUGAGAGGAUUAUUGUGUUAGGCACUAAUGGGAAAGUUGCCGAGGAAGGGACUUAUGCGGAGUUGACGAGUAGAGAAGGGGCGUUUAGUAAGUUGAUGGAAAGUCAGCUUGGUGGGGCGCCGUCGGAGUAUCCUAGACGGGAGAUGGAGAUUACGGAGAGAGAAGCGGAUGAGGCUGAGAGAAUUAGAGAGGAACAGGAGAGAGAAGAGGAAGAGGCGGUUGAAGGUGAAGAAGGUAGGGUGGAGGAGAGUGAUGAUGAAAAAGAGGAGAAUGUGAGGGUUGCGAUUGGGAAGGGAGUUGAGAAGGAGGUUGAGGAAAAGAAGAGGUGA